AUGAAUGGAAAUUUAAUUGGAAUGUAUACACUUUCACCACCAUUAUUUCAAUUACUUGUUAAACAUCUUCAAUUAACAAAUUCUCGAUUAGCUCGACAAUAUCCAGCUGUUCAUUAUGGUACAUUGAAAACACUUUAUUCUCAUUGUGCAGCAUUAGUUAUUUAUUUAGGAAGGAAUGUGAUGAAUUUAACAAGUUUAACCAAAGAUAAUUUUAAAGAUUUACUUAAACUUCUUCAUCGUCUUAUUGUUAAUAGUUAUUUAAGUUGUCAUGAUACAAAAAAAUUAGUUUUGAAUUGGCUUGCAGAAAUUAUUGAUGCAUUACCACAAGAAGAUAAUGGAUUACUUACAUUACCUCUUUUAUUGAAAUUAUCUCAUGUAAUUAUUCAUAUAGGUGAAAAGAAAAAAUUCAGUUUUGAAAUGAAAGUCAUUAAGUAG